AUCUCUCCAAUUAUGAUUCUUAUCAUACAAUCUUCAAUUUGUCAUUCUACAAAAACAAGAAAUCGGUGGUUUAACACGGUGAUCCACAUCGACAUGGAUGUGCUGGUGUCGGCAAUCGAGAACUUCUCUGCUUCUGAAUACUUCCGUUCGCGACUGGGGAAGAUGAUGUUAUGGUCUUUGAAGAUCUCACGAGCGGCUACAACGGUGGAAACCACCAGGCAUGUGACGGGGCCAAAUACAGAAUUGAUUGCAGAUGCGGUGGAGAACAACUGGUGCCAGAUAUUAUUUCAAUUUUGCCCAAUUUAGAAUGAAUUAGGGCAUCUCCCUCCCAUCGUGUUCUAUUUUGUGAUUUUUGCAGCAAUGUUUCUUCUAAUCAUCCCUCUAAACCAAACACAAAACAUGUUAUUCCUCACUUAUUGUUGCUCACUACAUUAUUUUUUGUUUCUUAUUUUUAGAAUUGUAUUACUUUUAUCCCUUGGCCUGGAAGUUAUCAGA